AUGGGUCAAGCGGCCUCACUACCCUGCAGAAGAGGAGGCACAUACAUCACCGAACUCUAUGACUGGUUCAGAAAGUUCAUGAACGAGUGUCCAAGUGGUCUGAUCACUCUGCACGAGUUCAGGAGGCACUUUUGCGACGGCACCGCAGGGUCCGAGUCGGCCGAGUAUGCCGAGCAGAUCUUCCGCACGCUGGACAACAAUGGGGAUGGAGUUGUUGAUUUCAGAGAAUAUGUGACAGCCAUCAGUAUGCUGAUAGCAGGCUCAUCAGUGGAGAAACUGCGUUGGUCUUUUAAGCUCUAUGACAAAGACAAAGACGGAGCCAUAACCCGAGGAGAAAUGCUGGAGAUCAUGCAGGCUGUUUACAAGAUGAGCGUGGCCGCCUCUAUUACCGAAAUCAACCCCCUCACAGCAGAGGAGUGCACCAACAGGAUCUUUGUGCGACUGGACAAAGACAAAAACGCUAUCAUCAGUCUGGAGGAGUUCAUUGAGGGAGCUCUGGGUGACGAGUGGAUCCGAGAGAUGCUCGAGUGCGACCCCAACACUGUGAAGGUCGAGCGGCCACCAAAACGGUCUCUGCCUGAUGAACAUGCAACUGGGGUGCUGGACGACCUGCAGCUCACAUCUACACCCCCUGAUAACAAUCCGAAUCCAAGCCUGCUGUGA